AUAAACAAAAUGGUGAAUUGAAAACUUGAAUACAGUCAAUAACCAAUUUAAACUUUCAUUUUUUCACUUAUUUUGUCCCAACAUGUUUGAGUUGUUAAAAUCCAAAGUAAAUAAGCUCUUCAGUGUCGGGUUGUUGAAUCACUUAAUAUACCUUACAGGGCUUCAUGGGCUUUCACUUUAUUUAUUUUGAGCAUAAUGAUGAGGAUAAUAAACAUUUCUCACUCCAUUGUUCUUGAGUUAACUUUAAUUAGAGACUUUUCCCAAGGUUUUAGGCCCACCGUGAAAGGUUGAUUACACUCUGAAGAGCAAUGAAUAUUGUCAAUAAACGAAAUAACAAUUGUAAGGCCAAUGGAUCAAUUGAUGCAAGUCUUGAUUUUUUCUUACUUCUAACUGGUUCCAGUCAAUCUACACUCUCACUUUUCAGCUAUUAUUUAAAUAAAGAUGAGCCUAUUUAAGCAGGUAAAUCAUGUAAAUCCAUGUUCACUCAAAGUUUAGUCUUAUCGGUAAAUCAUUGCCAAGUUCAUGAAAAAGAGUAAACAUCUCAAAAUGGACAUGAAAAUAACGCAAUCAACAAUCAUCAAAUACACUGCCGUUAUUCUGUGUCUUGGAGCAACCAUCAAGUUAGCGAUGACCCAGGAAGCUGAUGUUAGGAAGGACGUUUCUCGGUUCAGGCAACGACUUUUGCAAACCACAACAUUGUCACCCAGGACAAUUCAACCUCAUAUAGUUAGUGCUUACUCAAUUGGAGUAAUCAACGGGAAAAAGAUGAAAAAACAGACUGGAAUCAAUGUUAAAGUUAUAAGGGAUCGAAUGGACAAAGGAACCAAAGUCGUCUCUGGUAUAGUAUCGUCAUUUGCUGGUCCUGGUGAUGCAUCGACAUUAGAAGAUGCCUUUUCCAAAUAUGAUGAGUUGAUGGAAGAUAUUGAAGCAGAUUUGACUAAAACCAAAAUUGGACUUGGCCUUAAACUGGAAGAAAGUCUGAAAAAUUAUAAAAAAUCGACUGAUCAAUUUUUCCGUCAACUGAGAAGUUUUCAAGGAGGUGACUGGGGUUACUGGAAAAACCAAGGUAACUAUUUUCCGAGCAUAGAUGAGAAAGAAAUGAAAAAAAGGAUUCUCAAGUUAAAUGAUAUGUUAAGUCAGGGAUUUGAGAGUUUCAUAGAUAUGUCAGAGAAAGGUAAAGAUGUUCUCAGAAGGUUAUACAAAAGAAGAUAUCAAAUGAGAAACAACUCAUCUUGAAGUUCAUUUUUUUACCAAAAUUUUAUAAGUAAACAGCUGUAAUUAAUUCUACUUUCUUCCUGUCAAUAAAAUUCUU